UGGCUUAAUCUCCCACAUGUCUCUCAAUUUCCUGAAACAAUUGGGACAAAAAAAACCAGAAGGCUAAAGAGGUAUGGAGCUAGAAUUGGGACUAAAGAUCACCCGCAACAGAGAUGAUAUCACUUCUCAUGCCAAUCUUCGAAUUACUAAAGAUUUCACCGGUCCUCUCUUCUUGUCUAGAGAAACUGAUACCAUGUUCCUCCUUAUUGCUUAUCUCAAAGGGUUUAAAAGAGAGAACAUUGAGAUCGAUAUUAAUAAAGAUGGUGAUCGGAUUACGAUUAACGGGAAGAGGGCAGUUCAGGAGAUGGUGUUGUCAGGUUGGAUUAUAUGCAAGAAAGAUGUAGAGUUAAGAGCAUUCCGGAAGGUUUUCCAAAUUCCUGACGGGGUCGUUUUGGAUCGAGUCAAGGCGAAGUUCAAUGACAAAGAAUCAAGUUUGACAAUUGUUAUGCCGAAAUUGGUGAAAGGAAUGCAAGGCGUUGAGAUUCAAGAAGUGAAGGAGUUUGAUAUAGGAGAACCCCAUGCAACUCAAAGUGGUCAUGAUUGUAAGCUUCCUGAAGGAGAACAUAAGGAGCUUAAGAAAAAGAGAAAUGAAGAAGCUGAAGAAGUUGGGCAGAAAGAGAUUGGAAGAAAGGAACCUGAAACGCCGCGAAUUAUUACAGAUGAGAAUGCUAAAGAGAUAGCUGAAGUGUUUCCUGACAAUAGUAAAGAGAUGAUGCUACGGGAAAAACCUGAAGAGUCAAAAAUCAAAAGAGUUGUAGAGAAGAACGUCGAUGAAGGAGAAUUCCAAAAAAUGAAAGAUGUGGCUGAAGCAGAAUUGGCGCCUGAAAGAUUUGUGGAUAUGAAAUUACAAGAGAAACCAGAAAUUGAAGGUGGAAAAGAAUCGGAAGGAGCCACUCCUGAAAAGGCAGAAUCUCCUGAUAUGGCUGCUACGAGUCAAGUAAUUGCAGCUACGGAACCUGAGAAAGUUAAAAAAGAGAAAAAGAUAGAGCGUCCAGAGGAAAAGAAACUAAACCCAAGCAAGAAGCUUCCGCAGUUGAAAGAACAGCAGAAGCAACAGGAUAAACCAGAGGCUGAGAUUGUAGAAGAAGAAAAAAUCGAAGAACAUGGUCAUGAACGAGAGGGCACUAAAUUUACAGAAGCUGAAAAACAGGAAAUCGGAAAUCCACCAACUCAAUUUGAACAGGGACAAGCAACAGAAGCAGUGAAAGAAUCAAGAGAGCAGGAAAGUGAGGGAAAGGUUCAAGAAACAAAAAAUUCUGAUGCUGAUAAAAAACAAAACCAAGCUGAAAUUGAGCACUCAAAACAACAGCCGAAGAGAAAUGAAGACAACGGACAAGCAGAAAAUCCUGAUGGUACAGGAAAUGAAAUCGAACAAGAGGCAAAUGAUAAGGCAAAACUUCCAGAAGGAAAACAAAUGGAGGAGCAUGAAUUGCUGGAAAUAGAGAAACAGAAAGAACACGUAGAACAAGCAGCUAAAGCAAAAAAUGCUGCUUCAAAAGGAUCUAAGCUAAGUUCUCCUCUUGUUGUGGCAGGGUCAGCUAUCCUUGUAUCUCUUAUAGUGCUUGUCAUUAAUUUCAUCAGAGAUAAAAGAAGAUGAAUCACAUUUGCUAUA